AUGAACGUGAACGUCAACAUGAACGUGAACGUCUACAUGAACGUGAACGUCUACAUGAACGUGAACGUCUACAUGAACGUGAACGUCUACAUGAACGUGAACGUCUACAUGAACGUCUACAUGAACGUGAACGUCUGCAUGAACGUGAACGUCUUCAUGAACGUGAACGUCUGCAUGAACGUGAACGUCUCCAUGAACGUGAACGUCUACAUGAACGUGAACGUCUGCAUGAACGUGAACGUCAACAUGAACGUGAACGUCUGCAUGAACGUGAACGUCUACAUGAACGUGAACGUCUACAUGAACGUGAACGUCUGCAUGAACGUGAACGUCUGCAUGAACGUGAACGUCUGCAUGAACGUGAACGUCUUCAUGAACGUGAACGUCUGCAUGAACGUGAACGUCUUCAUGAACGUGAACGUCUGCAUGAACGUGAACGUCUGCAUGAACGUGAACGUCUACAUGAACGUGAACGUCUACAUGAACGUGAACGUCUACAUGAACGUGAACGUCUACAUGAACGUGAACGUCAACAUGAACGUGAACGUCUGCAUGAACGUGAACGUCUGCAUGAACGUGAACGUCUGCAUGAACGUGAACGUCUGCAUGAACGUGAACGUCUUCAUGAACGUGAACGCCAACAUUGUUAUACUCAAAUUCCUGCAAACGAAUAACAUGAACGUGAACGUCUGCAUGAACGUGAACGUCUGCAUGAACGUGAACGUCUGCAUGAACGUGAACGUCUUCAUGAACGUGAACGUCUGCAUGAACGUGAACGUCUACAUGAACGUGAACGUCUGCAUGAACGUGAACGUCUACAUGAACGUGAACGUCUGCAUGAACGUGAACGUCUGCAUGAACAUGAACGUCUGCAUGAACGUGAACGUCUACAUGAACGUGAACGUCUACAUGAACGUGAACGUCUACAUGAACGUGAACGUCUACAUGAACGUGAACGUCUACAUGAACGUGAACGCCAACAUGAACGUGAACGUCUACAUGAACGUGAUUGGUCUUAUAUUUUCCGUGUUCCAGGGUGCCAACCAGAGUGCCAACCAGGGUGCCAACCAGGGUGCCAACAAGGGUGCCAACCAGAGUGCCAACAAGGGUGCCAACCAGGGUGGCUUGGCACCCUGGUUAGUCCCACAAUAUCUCAACAACUGGUGGUACUAUAGUGUCAAAAUUAUAGGUAAUGAUGUCGCCAGUAGUGGGCGACACAUGAUAGACAAUGCCUCCUUAGAGAUUUCUAAAAGCAGUUCUUAUGUUGGUCAACCAAAUAGACGCCACUGA